CAGCACCGGAAAAUUACAAAAAACAACAUAACAUUCAUAACAUGUGACAAAAAAAAGAAAAGUGAACAAUGAAUUAACAAAGUGUGAUUAUUUUCCAGGAAAAUAUACAAACCUUCGAUAAAAGAUUUUACAAUAUUCGCCAAUUUUUGAAUGCACAAGAAGAAAAUUUAAAACAAUUAUUCGACUCUUAUUUUAUAUAACCUAUAAAUUUUGGAAAAUUGUUUUUUAUUAACAAACUACAAUGAAUAAUUCAACGAGGAUGUGGAAAAUAUUGAGAUCAAAUGAAAAACUUUUUUUGAGUAAAAAGCAUUUGAUUAAAUGUAAAAGAACUUUUCUUUCCGAGAAUUAUCGAUGUGAAAAUGAGUGGAAUCAAAGACUUGAAACUUCCUUGAUUAAAAAGGUGAAUCCUUUCGACUUUUACCUUCAACUGGAUAACCAACAGAUUACAUCGGGAAAAAUCGCAGCAGUGGACAUUGAUAUUUUCGUGAAUUCUCUGAAAAACGAAGGACACACCGAGGAUCUUCUGGACAUGAUUUACAGACUGCGAAUGGGCCCCGAGUCGUCGUUCACAUUACCAUCGACGCAUUGUGCAGUGACUCGAUACCUUCUUGACAACGACAAUGCGGAUCAAGUUUACGACGUUCUCAACGACAGACUCAACUAUGGAAUAUUUCCAGAUCAUCACACUUUCAAUCUCCUUAUGGACACGUACAUUAAGAAGGAAGAUUUCACGGCAGCUGCGAAAAUAGCGUCACUCUUGAUGAUCCAGGAGGACUCCGACAGUCCUAUUGCGAACGCAUUGGCUCUUUAUUCCUGUCACAAGUAUCUCGACAAUCCUCAAAAUUGGAGUGUUCCUGAGGAACCGAAAGACGAAUCGAAAGAAGAGACCAAGGUGCGAGUGAAAUAUCUUCGUAAUCCAUACUUCGAUGAUCACUUUGACUUAGUCGAACCGACAGAUUUGGUCGGUAAAACUAUGGCUUUCUUCGGGAAACAUCACGGUGGCACUCUUGGCAGAACUUGUCAAUUGCGAGGAUUCAUUUUGUACAAAAAAUAUUCAAAAGUCGUUCAAUUGAUUGACGAGUGGAGGGACGAGAAGGAAAUCGUGUAUAAAGAAGUCUUUGACUUGAUAAAGAAAGACUCACCAACACUAUUCGAGGGAGAAUUGAGCGAGGAAAUGGCCACCUUCAAACAAAAAUUAGAGGAGCUGGAAAAAAUGGAUUUAAAAGCCGGAAGUAUUCUCGAAGAAAUUGAGAAUGUUGUCAAGAAGACAGUGCAAGACAAAGAGGAGAGUGAUAUUGCCAAACAGUGUCAGACCUUUACCGAGUGGAUAAAAUUGAGACAAGACGUUCUCGAGAAACAUUCGUCAGAAAUGGACAAGAUCAAGAGAAUCAAGAACAUUGAAACUAUGAAAAAAGAACUGGAAGAAGAAGAAAGAUUAUUAACAUUCUUUGAAAAUCAAGAACAAAUAGAACUGAAAAUAGAAGCAAUAGAAAAGAAAAUAGAUUCAAUGAAAAUUAAUCCAAAAUUAUUGAAGAAGAAAUUGAAAAACGAUGAGGAGUACGUUCCACCAGAUGUUCUGAAAAGAAAAGUUAAAAUUGAGUAAAAAAAAUUAUUUGUAGUAAGAUGAACCUAAAAUAAGAUUUGUUAAAAUUUU